AGAGCAGAGAGACAGCCAUGUUGGGUAGUGUCGGUGAAAAGAGUAGAAAUUCUUAAGAGAAGGUACCAUCGCGAUAUUUACCGGUGAUCGAGUGUCGCGCGAGUAUUCGUUCGGUGUUGUUUUUUGUGUUUAAUUACAUUGGAUUAUGAUCGCCUCAACGGAAAAUCUCAAUUGGGGCACCGAGCUCUGGGAUCAAUACGACAAUUUGUCCCUUCACACGCAAAAAGGAAUCGACUUUUUGGAAAAAUACGGUCAAUUUGUACGCGACAGGGCCACCAUCGAAUGUGAAUACGCCUCGAAAUUAAGAAGACUAGUCAAAAGUUAUCAACCUAAGAAAAAGGAAGAAGAUGAUUAUUACCAAUUUACUUCUUGUAAGGCAUUCAAAGCGUUGAUGAACGAAGUGAACGAUUUGGCCGGUCAACAUGAAUUAGUAGCGGAAGAUCUUCAAGCCAAUGUGAUAAAGGAAUUGACGGCUUUAGUGAAGGAUUUGAAGGAGGAGAGAAAAAAACAACUCCACGAAGGUCUGAGGCUGAGCCAAUCCCUUCAAGCGCAAAUCGAGGCAUUGCAAAGGGCGAAAAAGGCCUACGACAAGGCCUACAAGGAAUCGGAAAAGGCCAUCGAAGGUUUCCAAAAGGCCGAUGCCGAUUUUAAUUUGUCGCGAGCCGAAGUGGAAAAACAACGAUCGAAUAUGUCCCAUAAAACGCAAGUUUGCGAUUCGGCCAAAAACGAAUACGCUCAACAAUUGCAAAGAACUAACGAAUUGCAAAGGCAACAUUUUAGGUCCGGUUUACCGGAGGUGUUCAGGCAACUUCAGGAAUUGGACGAGAAACGAAUAAAGAACAUCAAAAAUUUCAUUCGGGCUUCGGUGGACAUCGAACGGAACGUUUUUCCCAUCAUCAACAAAUGCCUGGACGGCAUUUUGAAAGCCGCCGAAAUUAUAAACGAAAAAGAAGACACGAUGUUGGUGAUAGAAAAAUACAAAUCGGGUUUUCAACCGCCCGAAGAUUUCCCGUUCGACGAUCUGUCGAAGGGCGGCAGCGAUUCAGGCAGUACUACCAACCUGAGCAACAUUCACGCCAGCGGUAAAGUGAAAGAGGGCAGUUACACGGUAAAAGGAACGAUUACUUCUAAAGCGAUGAAGAAACGAAGCGGGAUUUUUCAAAUUUUUGGCGGCAAAGGGAACGCCGCCAUUUCCGAUGGCAAGGAGAACUUGAGCGAAUUGCCGCCGAACCAGCGGCGGAAAAAGCUGACGCUCAAAGUCGAAGAGCUCCGCAAUAAAGUCGCUCAAGAGACGGCGACGCGCGACGGCCUCAUGAAAAUGAAGGGCGUCUACGAGGCCAAUCCGGCCCUCGGGGAUCCAAGGACCGUUGAGAGUCAAUUGAACGAAUGCAGCCAUCGAUUGGACAAGUUGCAACAGGAGUACGGCCGAUAUCGGUCCUAUUUGGACGAAGCGAUGCGAUCCGUCCAAUCGACUCGUCAGAACGAUUCGCUGACGAAUUCGCCGAUCGGUCGGUCGAACGGCGUCGAAGCGGCGUCGCGACGCCGACAUUCCGGCGGGAGCGUCGCCGACGACGAAUCGCUCAGCCGUUCGGCCAGCGACAGUUCGGUCAAUCGGAACAAUCACCACAAUCACCACAAUCAUCACAAUCACAAUCACAACAACGGAAAGCCGAGCGCGCCCGGUACACCGCAGAUGAACAAUCACGGUUGUUCCAAUAGUCCCGAAAGUGGUUUGGGUACCUCGCACACGUCACUGCCGGGAGCCGAUUCAGAUCCGGAUCAGGACCACGAUCAGGACCGGGAUCAGGACCAUUACGACGGGCACGGCGAGAGCGAAUAUUACGAGGCCGAUGUCCAGCCAUCGAUAGGUACUUGCAAGGCUCUGUACGCUUUCGAAGCAACGAGCGAAGGGAGCAUACCGAUGGCGCAAGACGAGGAAUUACAUUUGAUCGAAUUAGAUCAAGGAGAUGGAUGGACGAGAGUGAGAAGGAUUUUGGGUGAUUUGGAGGAGGGUUUCGUGCCAACUUCGUAUAUCGAAUAUUCGGUAUAUGAUACUUAAUUAAGAAAAGCGACUUAAAGAUUAUUAUUAUUUUUAUUUUAUUUUUUCGAUCGUUUGGUUUCCGAAUUAUUUUAACGGUUUGUAAAUUAUACAGGGUGUCCCAAUGAAAAGUAGUUCAUUUAAUUAGAAUUUUUAAACGCCUAAUCAUAAAAACAUGCGGUUUUCUCAAAUAUGUUUUAUUUUAUUAGAAGUUUUGUUACAGUGACACAAACAAUUUUUUAUUGCCUGUACAAAGUGUAAUGAAAAUCCUCUCUUUUAAAUUCACAUUAACCAAAUUCCAUGCAAUAGGACAUCUACUUUUGUACAAUAACAUGUACAAAUAACGCAUUUUUAAAAAGUAGAAGAGUAUAUCUUUCAAAAUAUCUCUACAUAUACGGGGUGUUCCAUUUAAAAAAAAAUGGUUACUGUGAAUUCAAAAGAGGAGAUUUUAUAAAACACUCUGUAAUGGUAAAUGCAUAAUUUCUGUAUCACAGUAACAAAACUUCUAAUAAAAUAAAACAUAUUUGGGAAAAUCGCAUAUUUUUAUAAUUAGGCAUUUAAAAAUUAUAAGCUUAUUAUUAUAUUAAUGGUGCUACUUCUCAUUGGGACACCCUGUAUUUCGACGGUUCGGCGUAUUCCUAUAUAAAAAAAUCUUGAUUAUACAGGGUGUCUCAUAUGUUAAUACUUUUUUAACUUAACUUUUUCAUGUACAUUUUUUUUAAUAUUCUGGAAAAUAAAAAAGAUUUUACCAAUACAGGUGUCAAAAUUUAAAUAAUAAAUAAUUAAUGACAAUCAAUCAAAAUGGCGACAUUUUUGAGCAGUUCCUUUAACUUUUAAUGAACAGGACCGUAUUAACUAACUUUUUAAUAAUUAAAAAUUGAAAAAAAAAACUUGCUUAGAAUUAAAAAUUCAAUACGCAGUUAAAACUAAAGUAUCAACUUAUGAGACACCCUGUAUUAUGUAUUUCGCAUCAAUUUUUUUUUAUUAAAUCACGAAACCUACCUAUUUUCGUUGCAAUAUAUGUUUUUUUUUAAUUUUAUUGUAAAUUUAUAUAUUUUUAUAAACAUAGUAGGUAAUUGAAUGAUACAAUUAAUUUUUUUAGAUAAACGUUAAGUCAUGUUAAUAAAAAAAACCUCUUAUUUUUCUCUAAUUUAUCGAACAAAUGAUACUAGAACAAAAUAUUUCUUAGUCAUAUGUUUAUAAUGUGUUGCUUAAUGCGGAAUAAAAUGUAAAAGUGUUUAUGCGGUGGAGCGAAAAAUCGAACAGUAUAAAAGAAUUUUUUUUCCUCCCCCGGUACGUUAUUUUUUUGAGGCAAUUUGUCGGCUUUAGCACAAAAUAUAUUCGGUUCCCGAUUUUAUGGAACUUUGCUGUUGUUUAGUGAUGAAGUUAUACAGAGCUCUAAAUCCCAUCGAACGCCAUCUUGAAUUUCUCUCUAUUUCUAACUAACGAAAUCUCAAAAUGUCUGGAUAUAAUUCAGAAGGUUAUUCAGAAAAUAUUCACGAUAUCGUUCGUUGUUUUUUUUUUAAUCGACUCUGUACAUUAUUUUAGCAGUUAUUUUGUAUAUAGAAUGCAUAUAUUUAAAAAAAAUCUAUUAUUGAGCUGUACUGUAAAGUAUAUAUUAUAUAUAAAUGUAUAGUAAUAGUAAUUUGCUAAGGAAAAAAUCAGACGUAAGAAUAAUAAUUAACACACAGACGUUUUUGUGUUUAUCGCACCAGAUGUAGACUUGUAAAAAUUUAUUUUUUUUUUUAUUUGAAAACGUUACUGUUUCUAUUGGAAUUUUUUUUUAAUCGAGUUUUGUAAAUUAUUUAUUUAUACCGUCGACGUUACGAGUUUGUAUUAAAAAGUGAGUCUCGUUAAGGCCAAUUUACUUAAUAUUAAACGAACACGAAUUUGUAUUAAAGGCGCAAAUACACCUGUCAAAUAGCUAAAGCAAGUUACUACAAGUAACUAAAUUUAGUUACAUUAAAACGCCUUAAUUAGCAUUACAAGAGCGAAGUUGUGAUAAAAUAACUGUUAUUUUCGAAACGCACACCUCUAAUAACGUCGUUAAAUGUCAGUUAGAUAGGGAGGUUUGUAUAGGGGUAGAGGUGGGCAUUGAUAAAAAUAACUGUUCCGUUUGGAAGUUUGUUACUAAAUCAUGUAAUUAAAUUUAGUUACUUAAUUAAGUAACUUGCUUUGGCUACUUAUCUACAGUGAUUUAUCCGCUGUCCUUUUUUUAACUGUAACAACAACGAUAUCGUCGACUCACUUUUUAAGAUCAAUUGGUGCUUCUUGCCUUUUAUGUUUGACGUUAAUUGUUUAUUUACCGAUUAUAAUAUAUUGAGUGAUAGAUAAUAUUAACAAUACUUUCGGUAGUAGGCAUCUUUUUUUUAUUAUUAUUAUUAAAUUGAAAUCGCAUUGUAUUUGCUCAGUAUAAUUUUUGUCGUUUGAUGGAUUUGGUUUUUGAGGACGUUCAUUUUUAACGCGAAAUUAGAUAGGUAGCAAUAAAUAGCUUUAGUAUUAAAUGUAAUAAUUGUGUCUCUGUGCCAUUUAUACAGGGUGGUUCUUAAGUAAUGGACCAAACUAGAAUGGAAGAUUCUCGAACUCAAAAUAUUAAGAAUCUUUCAUUUCAGUUUGGGCCAUUACUUACGGGCCACCCUGUAGAAUUCUACAAAUUUCAUUGUAAAUUUAUGGCGCAGAGCGUAACAGCAUUUUUGCACAAAUUAAAUAUUGUUAACAGUUGUUUACACCUAACGUAAUUGUCAGUACACUGCUCGUCAAAAUUCAUUAUUCUUUAGGGGAAACCCUCGUCAUUCUGCCAUUGUUUGAGCUAUAAAUGUAAUUAAAAAUCGUAAGAUAUCAUUUCUGACCUGCAAUGUAUUGUAAUAAUGUAGCCAACGUGUUUUUAGAUGCAGAAAAUUCAAUUGUGUAAUUAAUGUAAAAUUUACUAUUUUUAUAGAUUCCAUUUAUAAAAAAAAUUAUUAAUAGUUUUCGAACGUUUACCAACAUAUCGCUCAUUUUCAUAUCAUUCGUAACUCACUCAUUAAAAUUCAUAUCGGCUUCUUCAUUUAGCUUAUAGUUUAAUAUAGAGUGUCCUUAAAUACCAAGCGAAAAAAAAAACAUUGUUCAGAGAAGCGUGUGUCAACUUUGUAUGCUGAUAUUAUUGAAUGUAUCGACUGAUAAUGUAAAAUAAUAAAAUAGCAUUGAAUGUAAA